AUGCAGCGGCCACGGAUCUGGCGAGCGCAUGCCGUCGCCGCGUCCCUUUUCACGAGUGCGCCGCAGACCUGUCGAGCGCAUGCCGUCGCCGCGUCCCCCAUCACGAGUGCGCCGCGGAUCUGGCGAGCGCACGCCGUCGCCGCGUCCCCCAUCACGAGUGCGCCGCGGAUCUGGCGAGCGCACGCCGUCGCCGCUUCCCCCAUCACGAGUGCGUCGCGGAUCUGGCGAGCGCACACCAUCGCCGCGUCCCCCAUCACGAGUGCGCCGCGGAUCUGGCGAGCGCAUGCCGUCGCCGCGCCCCCCAUCACAAGUGCGCCGGUGAUCUGUCGAGCGCACGCCGUCGCCGCAUCCCGCGUCGCAUUGCUGACGCAAAUCUGGAGAGCGCGAGCUGCUGCUACGCCUCCCGCUGCCACGCUCCUCUCCGUUGCGCGGCGGGUUUCGAGCACCACUCGUUCCGUCCGCCUCCACCGCGCUUGUCUCUGCCGCCACGCUCGCCUGCGCGAGAUCUGCUUCUGUUGCUUCUGCAGGCACGUCGCGCUGCUUGCUCCCGUCCUCCUUCCGGCCGUCGGCGCCGUUCUCCGCCGCAUCGCCGUGCUCGGACUCCUGCGAGAGAAAGCAGGAAGGCGCGGAGGAAGGCGAGGGGAAAGCGAGGAGAAAGGCGAGGAGGAAGGCGAGGAGAAAGGCGAGGAGGAAGGCGAGGAGGAAGGCAAGGAGGAAGGCAAGGAGGAAGGCGAGGAAGAAGGCGAGGAAGAAGGCGAGGAGGAAGGCGAGGAGAAAUGCGAGGAGGAAGGCGAGGAGGAAGGCGAGGAGGAAGGCGAGGAGGAGAAAGGCGAGGAGAAAGGCGAGGAGGAAGGCGAGGAGGAAGGCGAGGAGGAAGGCGAGGAGGAAGGCGAGGAGGAAGGCGAGGGGGAAGGCGAGGAGAAAGGCGAGGAGGAAAGCGAGGAGGAAGGCGAGGGGAAAGGCGAGGAGAAAGGCGAGGUGGAAGGCGAGGAGGAAGGCGAGGAGAAAGGCGAGGAGAAAGGCGAGGAGGAAGGCGAGGAGGAAGGCGAGGAGGAAGGCGAGGAGGAAGGCGAGGAGGAAGGCGAGGGGAAAGGCGAGGAGAAAGGCGAGGAGGAAGGCGAGGAGGAAGGCGAGGAGAAAGGCGAGGAGAAAGGCGAGGAGGAAGGCGAGGAGGAAGGCGAGGAGGAAGGCGAGGAGAAAGGCGAGGAGGAAGGCGAGGAGGAAGGCGAGGAGGAAGGCGAGGAGAAAGGCGAGGAGGAAGGCGAGGAGGAAGGCGAGGAGGAAAGCGAGGAGGAAGGCGAGGAGGAAGGCGAGAAGAAAGGCGAGGAGGAAGGUGAGGAGGUGAGCAGGGGGGUGAGCAAAGAGGCGAGCAGACUGGAGAAGGGCACUCCUGCCAGGUCGUAG